UGCCCUGCUCCGGGAGCACACGUGUAGGGGCUGCUGGUGGACUGGGCGCUUCUUUCGCAGAUGGAGACGGGCACAUGGACCACUUGCUCCCGGGCUGUGAGGAUCGCGGCUGCCAGAGAAGCGCCAUCUACCUGGCGAGGUCCGGGACAGAGCAGUGGGUUCCAGUCUUGCAGGAUUUCAGCAACAAGGGCACGCUCUGGGGCUUUGUGCCGUUUGUGCAAGAACAGCACCCGAUGGAAAUUCCGAUUCCAAUCACCCUUCGCAUUGGCGACUACAACAUGGACGGCUACCCGGACGCCCUGGCCAUACUGAAGAACACCUCUGGCAGGUACGGGAAGUGAGUCACGUGAGACGUG